AUCAAAAUCAUCAAAAACACUAUCAAACCUAUCAUCAACAAAAUUUCAUAACUCAUAACCCAAUUGAAUCAUCUCAUGGUUCCUUAUACUAAGUCCGGAAGAGCUGCUCUCCAUCAAUCAACCUAUGUCUGCACUUGCGUCGAUCUCUAAGGUCUUCUGAUCAAAGUGUUUCUGAUGAACACCUCCCACUUCCCUCGGACCAAUCAUGCUUCGAAUCAUCAACCUGAAGAGUUGAUUCAGUCUGAUCAAGAAUUAGAAACUUCCAAACAGAAAGUAUUAUCUAUAGGAGAAUGGGGUUCAGAUUACAAUCGAUUAUUGCAUUCUUCUAAAGAAGUUCAAUGACGUCUUGCCAAGGCUACAACCUUGAUUUUAUUCGAUCUUGGGUUCACUUCAUCCCAGCAAAGUCCAUAUUUGGCACCACUCCUCAUUCCAACCUAUCUCCAGAACGAUCUUCUCAAGUAAACGAUUUCUACACUUGGAAUUCGAAACUGGCACAAACGAUCAGAGCACGAAAAAAAACCAAUCAACUCUUACAUUGAUCUGCGACUUUUGUAUCAAAUUCGAUUUUAGAUCGAGUAGAUUCUGUGGACUCGAAUUGGUUUCUAAAACUCAGGUGAUCAAGGUGAAUCAAUUGGAUCAUUUAAUUGAAUUAUCUAGCAUUUCUUCUUCAAAAUCGAAAUCAAAAUCAACGGAAUUUGAUAUCAAUUUUGAAAUCUCUGCGUUUUUGGCUUUAACUACUACUCAUAAACUGAUUG